ACGUCAGCGGGAUGUGAUAGCUUUCGAUCGAUCACUCGGUGCUCCGAUUAGUUUGGUCUAUUUAGGGCUCGAUUCCACAUGUCUGUUAUUGUUAUUUCAGCCACUCCAGUCCUAGCAGCAGCCUUAUCUCUGUGGUUUUAACUGUCAGUCAUUAGUGCUGUUUAAACAGUGUCGCUACAUUCAGAGUUAGAAACACUGUCAGAGUGUCUCAGAAUAAAACAAACAUCAGCAUGGAGUCAGAAAACGGAGUUACAGAGAGGAGCAGAGUGUGCUAACGAAGCUAACCUGGAAGCUAACGGCCGACUGUAACCGAGCAGCGGACACAUGGAGCAGUUCAACCCGCCGUCCCCGCUGAUACUUACCGGUAACCUGGCUGAAAACUGGCGCAGAUGGGAGCGGCGUUUUGGGCUGUAUAUAGUGUCCUCUGGAGCAAAUGAAGAGGAGGAGGAUGUGAAAAAAGCCAUUCUUCUUCACUCCAUAGGCGAGGAUGCUCGAGAGGUGUUCAACACACUGACAGUCAGCUCAGCAGGUGAAAAUGCAACGAUGGAGGAUAUUCUGGAGGCUUUUAGAGAAUACUGCAGCCCUCUGAGCAAAGACAUCAAGCAGUUGGUGAUGAAAGAUGAAGAGGUUCUCUCUGAGCAGCAGGAGAGGAGCUCCAGUCUGAAGCAGGAGGAGACACCAGAACCAGCACACAUUAAAGAGGAACAGGAGGAACUGUGGAUCAGUCAGAAGAAAGAUCAGCUCCCAGGAGCAGAGGAGGCUAGUAUUAAUGUUUUCACAGUCACUCCUGUCACAGUGAAGAGUGAAGAAGAAGUUGAAGAGAAACCCCAGACCUUACAGCUUCAUGAAAACCAAAGUGAAGAGAACAGAGGCACAGAGCAUUUGAAAACAGAGUUUGAUGGAGAUGACUGUGGAGGAUCAGGAGCAAACAGAGACUUGAAUCCAGAUAUCCAUUUACAGUCAGUUAUGCCUGACAAGACCUCACAUCUUUCUGGAUCUGAGACUGAUGACAGUGCUGACUGGGAGGAGAGUGAUGAACCUCAGGAAGGUUUAAGCCAUCUGCAAAACAAAGACAGAGGUGUAAGUGAUCUGAAAUGUAACACUGGAGAUACAUCAGAGAGCUCCUCUGAACGUGCCCCAAGCUUUGGACAAAAGAAACAACAUAAACAAAAAGGAACACGCACAAAAAAGAAACUAUUCCAUUGCUCAGUUUGUGGUAAUGGAUACCCCAGUAAAAAAAAUUUAAAAGAACACAUGUUACGUCAUGCUACAGAAAAACGUUUCAGCUGCUCAGUUUGUCAGAAGAGUUUCAUCUGGAAAGCAGAGGUGGUUAUGCACAUGAGAGUCCACACAGGAGAGAAACCGUUUAGUUGUUCAAUUUGUGGUAAAAGUUUUUCUCGGCAUGGAAAUCUGAGUAGACACUCUGUUGUCCACACAGGGGAGAAACCCUUCAGUUGUUCAGUUUGUGGUAAUAGCUUCUCUCAACUUCAACAUCUCAGAGCGCAUUCAAUCGCCCACACUGGAGAGAAACCAUUUAGUUGUGCGGUUUGUGGUAAAUCUUUUUCUCGACAUGGAAGCCUUUGGGCACAUUCAGUUGUCCACACAGAGGAGAAACCGUUUAGUUGUUCAGUUUGUGGUGUAAGUUUUUCUCGACAUGGAAGUCUGAGAAGACACUCUGUUGUCCACACAGAGAAGUGGUGUAGUUGUUCAGUUUGUGGUGAAAAGUUUACCAGUCAACAUGUCAAGAAACACAAGUGCACUUGUAAAAGCAGCAAAGAUUCAAUCACAUUUCAAGAUGGCCACCAAAUGUGACGUUUCAUGUACAAGGGGAAAAGUCUUACCUUUUUUCAGUUUCAAGAUGUGAUUAGAAAACUACAUGACUCUGUUUUUGAAGAACACACCGUGUUUAUGGAGUUGAUUGGCUCUGUGAGCAUUUACCCAGUCUCUUGUGUGUCAAACAUUUUAUUUAUAAACUGUUUAACCGAUGAACAAAGUUACCUUAAGACUGGUUAAGAUUUUACGGACCUAUCUCCAUCAAAUACUCAGAUGUUACAUGAUUAUAUUGAUAUACAGAAUUGUUAAUUUCUGUCAUUUUUCUAUAAUUUUGACAUUACUGAUUUUAGUGUAACAAUAAACAAUCAGUUGA